AAGUACGACCUCAGUCGGAGAAUAUCCGCGCGUUAGUCAACUUCGCGUGUUCGCUUUUUCGCGCAACACCGUGUCGCGUAUCUUUUUCUCUUCCUCUCUCUCUCUCUCUCUCUCUCUCUCUCUUUUUUAUCUUUCCUUCUUACCUUAUUUUUUCCUUUCUCGCUAUCUGUCCUCUGCCUCUCUCUCUCUCUCUCUUUCUCCCCCUCUCUUUUUCCAUAUUUUUCUCUCUUAUUUUCCACGAGUGCUUGUCUCACACGCCACGCAAUACCGUUCACUGGUCGUAGCAUGUGCCCACAAGUUCACAGUCUCAUACACGUUUAUCUACCCCACCAUCAGCCCCAUAAUAAACUUGUCUCUUAUGGUUACCGUUAAAGGGCUAUUUUUCGCAUCCGUUCAGGAAAAGAAAAGAAAACGGAAAAUCUACGUUUAUUUCCAUCGUGUCUUAUUCUUCUUCUAGAAGCUCGUUUUAAGCAACAAAUUUCAUCGUGUUAGUUACCAACGACACAACGCGAAAAAAAAGUAACGGAGUGACACUUAUAGCAUGAUUUCUUGGAUAUUCCAGUGAAGGAAACGAUAUCUUACGCUUCGCAGAACGACGACAACUCGUCUGGCCGAGUUCGUGCACGUGGUGGUUGAGAGUGUGAAGUGUUUUCGGAACAAGGUUGAGAGAAGGAAGAAGAGGAAGAGGAGAGUUAAGGAAGAGAAAUUCGAUUAUCUUAGAAGGAGAAAUAACUGGCCAGGAAGAUGAGUUGCUGUACGAGUGCGCCGAUCGUGACCCAAACUUGUGAGACUCUGUUGAGCAAAUGCGAAGUGCCGAUUAUUGACCUCGCUCAUAUGGGGACCGAAAGAAGUCCUCAGAAAGGAGUCGUUAAGCAAGUCGCCACGAAAUUAGUAAGAGCUUUAUCGGAGAAAGGAUUGGCUUUACUCGUCAAUCAUGGCAUUCCAGAAUGUAAGUUGAAGGCCGCGUACAGAGCACUAGAUGAGUUUUCCGAAUUGUCAGAAGAAACGAAAAACAAGUAUGAACGUGAUCCUUCGACCAAUCACGGAUAUGUCAAACCUGGAAUGGAGAAAUUCUCGGACGAAGAAGAGAUUCGUCACGCUUACAACAUCACCGUUUGCAAGGGAGCGUUACCGCAAGAUGAAGUACCCGGAUUUAAGCCUGCAGUCGAAGAACUAGCACGAGAUUUCAAACAACUCUCAGCCAUGCUCUUAACUGCUCUGGCCGUGGGCCUAGAGCAAUCUCCCGACUUCCUGAUCACGAAGCACGCUCACAUGCUGGGAACUGGUAACGAAACGACUCUUCGUCUUCUCUACUAUCCACCACUUGGUGCACCGGUACCAGGCGUGACGCGUUGCGGAGCUCAUUGCGAUUACGGCACUUUCACUCUGCUCGCACAGGACUGCGAAGGUGGCUUAGAAAUACAAACACCGCGCGGAGAUCAGUGGAGACGGGUCGGUCAUCUUCCUGGAGCUAUUUUGGUUAACACAGGGACCAUAUUGGCCAAAUGGACCAACGAUCAAUUUCCAGCUUUGAGACAUCGUGUAGUUGUACCAGAACACUGCGGUCGUGGCCGUCAUUCGAUCGCAUUCUUUGUACAUCCAAACAACGAUAUCCCUAUCGAACCUUUGGAUAUUAAAAUCGUUAAGGCCAAUCAAGAAUCGGCACCAUGCCGGCUUCAAAAAAAGAAACGUGGUGUAUUAACGGCGUAUCAUCAUCUUCAGCGUCGAUUUAGAGAGACUUAUGCUUCGUAAUAUCGUGUCUAUCGUUCGUUUCAUCAUUGAAAUGUGUUAUAUUCAUUUUUCAGGGUUUAUAUUUCGUAUUGACCAUGCGAUUUUUUAUCCUCACCUUGUUUUAACAUUGAAAUACAAUUCGCAAGUUAAACUCUUUUCGAUCGAAUACAAAUUAGACUCUUUUCUAUCUACGAUUUUAUGAUUUAAUUGAAUACAUAAAAGAAAAAAAAAAAUAAAAAAAAAUUACUUUACAUGUUAGACACAGUAUAAGUUUUUGUCAUACAAGGAAACAUCGACGUCUGAUCGUAUCAAUGGCAAUAAUAAAGAAUUCUGUACUUACAUUUAAAUCAAAUUGCUCAUUGAAUUUUCCUUACGGGAUCGAAAAAAACGAGGAAUUAGGAAUCGUAAGUAUAUCUCUUUAUUAUUUAAUUUAUAAUAUUUAAUAAUUAUUUAUUGUUGCCAAUUUUUCAACCUAAUUGAACAGUCAUAUUAGAAUAUCCUCAGAAUCCAGCAUUCCAUUCGAUUAAUUGCCUUUCCUUGUACGGUUUAAAACAGAUUAAUUUAUCCCCUGGUUGAAACAAUAGUGAAUUGUUGUCCAAUCUAAGACCACAUUCUACACCAUUCUUAAUCGAGUCUACUUCAUUCUUUAAAUGUCGUAGCGAUAGUAAUUUUCCUAUUACAAAAAAUAUAUAACCACUGCGAUUUAUAUUUCAAUUUUUUUAAUAAAAGUCAUCAUACAUACAUUUUUCCAACUUACCUGUAUAAAUAACAUUUUCAUUUCUUAUCAAAUGAUACAUUUCAUUCUUUUUCAAAGUACCUGCAACGCAUUGACAACCAGCGACACUGACAGAUUUCUUCUCUAUUGUUACAUCAAACUGUUUUAAAACUUUCGCCUCACCUUUAAUGUUUAUAAUAUUUCGUAAUGUAGUCUAUAAAAAAAAAAAAAAAAAAAAAAAAAUAAGAAAUGAUCAUUUUAAUAAUCUUACCAAUUAUUUCUUCACAAUCUUUGAAUGGAAGUUUCAUAUUAAUUUCAUUCUUGAUAUCAUCUAUUAGUUUAUAUAUAACAUUACAAGAUUUUAUGACAAUAUUCUUUAUUUUAGCUAUCUUUUCUAUUUCUUUUGGUAUGUUUACAUUGAAUUGAUAAAUAACAGCUGAAAAAUAAUAUCAUUUUAAUACAAUUAUGAUUCAUGACAUUUUCCAAUGUGAUUUGUGAUAUAUAUAUAUAUAUACAUACAUACCACCAAAAGUAGUUGCUAAUUCAACAUCUGACUCUGUAAUGGGACCAACACCAUAAUGUACAAUAUUCAAACGACAUAUUUCAUCUGCAGUAUAGGUACCAAUAACAUCUAAGAUAGCUUCUACAGAACCAGCAACAUCUGUUUUUAUUAUGAUAUUGAGUGCAGGAGUAAGAUCUUGUACACUUUCUUUUUUCUUAGGUUCAUGAAUACGUCUUAUUCCUAGCUUUCUUCUUUUUGCUAAUUUUUCUUUAUAUUCCUAUUAAUUAAUAUAUGAUAAUUAAAAAAUACAAAACUCAUAUAAGAAAAUAUUCUUUCCAAUAUAAUAUUAUAUAAGCAAUCUUACAAGUAGAUGUUGCUCCAAUUUUUUAUCUGCAGCAUCUUUAUGUUCUUUAGCUUUAAUACUAUUUAUCUGUUUCUCUCUAUACCUAAUAACAUUAUGAGCUUCUUGUUCGCUGUUUACCUCUAGUAUCUCAUCGCCUACAUUAGGCAAUUCUCUCCAUCCCAUAAUUUGUACUGCAUCUGAUAAACUAGCUUGUAUAACAGGCUUUCCUGCAUGAUCAAACAUAGAUCUUACCUUUGCCCAUGAUGUACCACUAACUGAAAUGUAAAUUUAAUAUAUUGUUCAUCUUUUUCCCCUAACAAUUAUACAUACAUAAUGUGAUAUAUUAUCUUACCGAGUAUAGCACUCCUUUUCAAGGUUCCACGUUGAAUAAGAGCCGUUGACAAUAUUCCACGAGUUUUAUCAGUUUUACAUUCAAUAACUACACCCUCUAUUAAUCCUGUGGGAUCACCUUUCAAUCCUAUUAUUUCUGCCUGUAGCGUUAUUGCUUCUAUCAAUUCAUUCAAAUUGGUUCCUUUUAAAGCGGAUAUAUUUACACACUGAACCUCGCCACCAAGUUGUUCAACAUCUAUACCUUGUUGCUGUAACAUCUCUUGUGUCCUUUUCUAGAAGGAUUAUACUUUAUUUAAUCAUAAUUAAAUUUUGCUUAAUAAGAUUAUAAUUUACUUACAAUGUCAGCAUUACGUUUGUCAAUUUUAUUAAUAGCUACAAUAAUCGGUACAUUUGCUGAUUUUGCCAUAUUUAUACUCUGUAUAGUUUGUUCCAUUACUCCAUCAUCGGCUGCUACUACCAAUACUACAAUAUCAGUUAUUUGUGCUCCUCUUUCUCUCAUAGAAGUAAAAGCAGCAUGACCAGGAGUAUCCAAAAAUGUUAUUUUCUCACCAGUACUUAAUUCCACUAAAAAAUUAUUUUAACUUCAGUUCAAGAUAAAGGACAUUUUUAUUACAUACCAUUAAAAGCACCGAUGUGUUGAGUAAUUCCACCAAAUUCUGUAUCUACAACUGACGUGUGCCGUAAUGCAUCUAAUAAAGUUGUUUUUCCAUGA